AUGGAAAGACUGCGCGCCCUGCACGGAGUACCAGCGCUAAAGUUGGACAAGCGCCUCUGCGAAAUGGCGCAAAAGUUCGCUCAUCAACUGGCAAAGGAGAAGAAACUACGACACAGCGGCACUGAGGGUGUGGGAGAAAACGUGGCCAUGAAGUCGAGCUCUGCAAAGGCGUCUAUGACAGGUAAGCAAACCUCUCAAACCUGCCAACUUCGGCUACUGCAACGAAGCCAGAUUUCCAUUUUUGCACUCAGUGCUGGCUUGAAGACGAUCGUAAUUGUUUGA